UUAACCUACCUACCUAAGAUCCUUGUAACUUGGUCCAUCAUCAGUUGCCCUUGAAAUUUGGACGUCCACAAAUAACCAGAAGAAAACAGGGAUCCCCCAAACAGCCCCAGCAAAAGUUAGAGAAAUCGGCGAUCAUAUUCCGGCAAUGGCUUCCAACGCGCUGUCGAGACUGGCCAACCUCCACCGUCAUUUCCACAUCACAAAAAACAGCACCAAGGGUAGUGGCAAUGAGAAUCAGAAUGUGGGGACUAUUAAGAUCUCUCAGGAUGUUACUACCGCUUUAGCCAAUGGCAAAGCCGUUGUUGCCCUCGAGUCCACCAUAAUCUCUCAUGGCAUGCCCUAUCCUCAAAAUUUGGAGACUGCAAAAGAGGUGGAGGCCAUUGUAAAGGAAAAAGGAGCUGUCCCUGCCACAAUUGCUAUUUUAGAGGGCAUACCAUGCAUAGGUCUUAAUGGUGAAGAACUGGAGAGGUUAGCUAAGCUAGGAACCAGUGCUCGAAAGAUAUCUCGAAGGGACAUUGCGCAUGUUGUGGCUACAAGAGGUAGCGGUGGAACUACUGUAUCUACAACCAUGAUCUUUGCUUCCAUGGUUGGCAUAUCCAUAUUUGUGACGGGAGGCAUCGGUGGAGUUCACAAACAUGGAGAAAGCACUAUGGAUAUAUCAUCUGAUCUUACUGAGCUUGGAAGAACUCCUAUAACUGUAGUAUCAGCCGGUGUAAAGUCCAUAUUAGAUAUUCCCAGAACCCUCGAGUAUUUGGAAACUCAAGGAGUCUCUGUUGUUGCUUACGGGACUGAUGAUUUUCCCGCUUUUUUUUCUGAAAAAAGUGGCUGCAAGGCGCCAUGCCAACUGGAUACACCCGAAGAAUGCGCUCGCCUAAUUGAGGUCAACAGGAAACUUGAUCUUAAAUCGGGUAUAUUGAUAGCAAUUCCGAUACCAAAAGAACAUUCUGUUUCGGGUAACAUUAUAGAGUCUGCUAUACAGACAGCACUGAGGGAAGCUAGUGAUAAGGGCAUAACAGGCAGUGCUGAAACACCUUACCUACUUUCUCGAGUGAAUGAACUGACCGGAGGAGCUUCUCUCGAGUCAAACAUUGCACUUGUGAAGAACAAUGCUGGUCUUGGUGCUCAGAUUGCUGUUGCCCUUGCGCAGAUCCAAGACCAUUCGUCAUCAUCAUAAAAGUCCAGGAAUGGGAUCAGGAUCUGGAUUGGCAACUGGGUGCUCUUAAUAUUGUUAUGUUUCUUUCCCUUGAUAAUCUUUUUACCUACUUACAUAAUGGUUUAAGUAAAUUUAAAUGAAAUUUUGUAAUUUUACAGUGAAUGUUUGUUUGAUAAGAAGGAAUUUAUAUAAAAAAAGAUUGGGAUAUGUUUUGGGCUAAUUAUGUACCAAUUCAUCUUUUCUUUA